CCUGCAGAGCAGCUGUGUCUUGUAUCUAAAAAGGAACAUUUCUGGAGCCUCGACAAAUCAGAGUUUAGAAUCCCACCCAAGCUGAUUGUUCAAAUAUGGGAUAAUGACAAAUUCUCUCUGGAUGAUUAUCUAGGUGCUAUUGAACUUGAUCUGCAGCACCUCAUCAACCCUUCCAAAACACCGGAGAAAUGUAGCCUUAGCAUGGUGCCGGAUGGAACUACACCUCCAAAAUCAGACCAAUUUAAGUCUCUUUUUGACCAGAAGUCAGUUAGAGGAUGGUGGCCAUGCUACAUGGAUAAAGAUGGGAAGAGGGAACUCGGUGGAAAGGUUGAGUUGACUUUGGAGAUUGUGAAUGAGAAGGAAGCGGAUGAGAGACCUGCCGGAAAAGGCAGAGAUGAGCCCAAUAUGAAUCCGAAACUGGAUCCUCCCAAGCGACCUGAAACCUCGUUUUUUUGGUUUACAAAUCCAUGCAAGACGUGCAAGUUCAUAGUGUGGCGAAGAUUUAAAUGGCUGUUCAUCGGCUUGGUUGUGCUAAUCUUAGUGUUAUUAUUCAUUGGGAUCUUGUUGUAUUCAUUACCCAACUACAUUUCCAUGAAAAUCGUCAAACCCUUCAAUUAAUUUCAGGAGGAGUUCAACUUAGUCAUUUUAUCCAUGUAGAUGGCGUGACUUGGUUUUCACUCAGUGAAGUAAUUAACAGAAAUGGUUCGUUUUCUUAAUGACGUGCAGACCAUCAGUACAGUGUUCAUCUUGUUGUUUUUCAUUUGGUUGUUUUGGUAUUUUACCUUUAAUCACUCUUUGCACCGAUAUUAAAUUUAAUGAUGAAUUUUCACUUUUUGGUUCAGGUUUCACUGAUAUUUAGAAACAUUUGUACACAAACCAUUAAGUGUUUUCUAUUAUGAAAAAAUAUUUUAUUGUAUUAUAACCUCAGAUCAUUUUAAAGA